AGCGCGACAUGGCAAGAUCGAUCCAUAAUAAUGGAAGGUACACUGAACAUGCGCGAACUCGGAAGCCUUCGCACAAGCGACGGUAAACACAUCAUCAAGGGUCGCCUCUUUCGAAGUGCAGACCUCGCUCAGAUCACUAUCAACGAUAUACAAGCCCUGGAGCAACUCGGUAUAAAGACGGUUGUAGACUUGCGCGGCCCGAAAGAAGCUCUCGACCACCCCGAUAAGGUACCUAAAGGAACAAAAAUUGUACCAAGUCCAAUCAUUGGAAGCGAUACUGGCGAUGCAAUCGAUGGGACGACUAUCCGAACACUUGUUUCCAGCGCAGGUCUCCCAGACACAAUGCUGGAUUUCGCCAAAGUCAGCCAGCAUGGACCUUAUUAUCGAAUGCUUUUUCUCGUGAACAGUUAUGGUACGGAAAGCCAUACGUCCCGCUUGUCAAAGUAUCGCCCUUUCUUCGGCGCCCUCCUCAACCUGGCUCCGAAUGAAAACAUCUUGGUCCAUUGUACUGGAGGACGCGAUCGCACUGGCGUUGGUAUAGCGUUAUUGCUCAAAGCCCUUGGCGUGUCUCAGCAAGACAUCGAGGCUGACUUUGUGGCUUCCAACCAAGCUCUCCAGCCAAGCCGCGAAGACCCAGAUUCGACGACCUUUCUUCGAUUCCAUGCCGCCAACGUGUUUCUGCAGCCACCAGAAAACAAAUACUACCAACGGGUUGCAAAAGAACUUGGAGCACCACCGGAAAGCAUCAGGAAUGCUGUCAAACUCAGGACAGACCUGCUAAGACGUAUGUUUGCAUCCAUAGAUGCUCGGUACGGAUCUUUUCCAUUGUUCCUCGAGAGUCAGUUGGGAGUAGGCUUAAAGGAGCUAGAAACUCUAAGACAAAAAUUUAUAUUAUAG